AUGGGUGUCUCGGCCGGCGGGUCUCAGGCGUACGUCGUGUCUCCGGGCUACGUUCCUGGUGCCGGUCACCACCAUGGUGAGCAGUUCUGGCAGAACGUGUCGUCUGCAGUUGGUUGCGACGGGACUGUAUGCAUGCAGCCCCGUGUGGAUGGCUUCAUCAUCCCGGACACGUACGAAGCUAACGUGUACCAGGGACAUUUCAACUUUUCGGGUCCGUGUGUGAUCUCGCAUGAGCAGCACGAGGCCAACUCGCAGGCUUACAGCGGCAUCGACACCCAGGAGGAUGUGUCGACGUAUCUACGCAUCUUCUUCCCCGCAAUAACGGACGAUGUGAUCGAGGAGCUGCUGGAGCUGUACCCGGAGAACGACUACGAGAGUGCUGGUCUUCGCUUCGCCGACAUGAAGCAGUCGUUCGAUCUGACCGGCAAGAACCUGGCCUUGACGCACGCCCUGAAUAACCAGACGUGGAACGCCGAGGUUGCUCUCGGUUCAGCCACACACGGUACUGAUCAAAGCUACUACUGGUACAGCACGUACACGCUGUCGACGUCGUCGAGUAGCUCGUCGGACAGUACGACGGCGAUCUCGACGGCUUCAUCCGGUGCUUCAACGGCCUCUGUAGGUGAUACUGGCGGUAUGGGAAUGACGGACGGUAGCUCCACUGGCGGUCCGGGUGGUGCCGGUAGCAUGGGUGGCAGCUCGUCAGUGAAUGCUACGAUCGCCGUCAUGAUGCAGAAGUUCCUUCUCUCCUUCGUGCUCACCGGCAAUCCGAACUCCAUGUGGGCCGACGACAAGAUCUACUGGCCGCAGUACAACGAGUCGAGCACGGGCACUCAGAUCGUGUUCAACGACACUUUCACGGCUUCGGACGAUGACCUCGCCAGCGCUAAGAGUUUGUUCUGGAACAAGGCUCUGUGGUACUAG